GAGAUUUUUUUUUUUUUUGUCAACUGUUUUUCAUUAAAGCUUUUGGGUCAUAAAGCCCAAACGAAAAUACAAGUGGAAUUUUAUAAACAACCCAAUUACAAAAGGCCCACCCAAACCCAACAACAUUCAGAUAAAGAUCGGUACACGUAUCCUGAUUUUGACUAUGCAUGCCUUUCCACGUGUCACACUAAUGAUCAGUUGAGAAGAGAGCCACCUUUUGGGGUUGCCGGAAAUUACACUGCUCUUCUUCUCCGACUAGAAGCAGAGAACAAAUCUCCAAGACAUGGCAAUGAUUCACCGGCUUUCCACUUGUAUAACCUUCCCCUUCCAAUAACGUAGAUAAUAAGAAAUUUCAUGUUUUUCUCCAGAUGUGUAAAACAGUGACAAGCUUCUGAGAACAAUUUUGGAAAGAGACUUCGUUGAAACACUUUUCUAUAUGAAAAGCUUCAACUCUACUGAGUCCUCCAAAGUUCCCUAGCUAAAUCAAAUAACUCAAGGACCAGAUUUGAUUAGAUACUCUGUCCAAAGGCCAACCGACCAGUUUUAUCAAAGACAAAGAUUGAUUCUUUUCAAAUUCCGACCCCGAGCAUAACCAGAGAAAAAACAAUCCUUUCUCAUUAUCAAACGGGAUUUAAAAACUAAGAACCAGAGGAAAAGGUGAAAAUAGAUAGAUAGAUUAUUAAUCAACCACAAAUCAAAGAAAGAUAGAACAUGAAGAUCCACUUUGAAAUUGAGAUUGAAACACUCCAAAAUCCCCUAGGGAAGAUAAAUCCGCUAACCGGAAUAAGAAGAUCGAUCUAAGAUCGAAUAUAUUACAAACAAAAAGCCUCUUGAUCUCUCCGAGGAGGGGAUGAGAUAAAAGGCUAUAUAGGUAAAUCUGGACGGUUGAAAGAUCUCAUUUAGCAAACCCUAAAAAAAAAAAAAAAAAAAAUUAGAACUCGGGUUUCAAUCUCUCUCUCGCGUGCUAGAACAUGACGGAGUCGAGUGACGCCGGAGCUUCCAGGGCUAGUAAGAUCGGAACCGUACGGCUGGCCAGUGACUUUGAUAUUAAUGACCACAUCGACUUCGAUGGGAAACCCUGUAGGGUGAUUAGUGUCUACACGAAGAGAGGCUUUUGUCACUUUCGCACCAUAGAUAUAUUAACUGGCUACUUGGUGCGGAGAAUUGUUCCCAUUUCCACAGAGUUUGCUAUUUGUUUAUUCUCUCAGAUUCCAGAUGUGAGCCGUGAUCUUUACAAGUUGACGGGUAUCUCCUUUAAGGAUGAUUCUGUUACCCUUCUGCAUUGUAGCGGCACCUACUCUAGGAACGAUAUCUUUCUUCCCGAGAACCUGAACCUCAGGACCAUGAUGGUUGAUGGAUUUAACGAUGAUAAGACGGUUAUUGUGGGUAUCGUCACUUCAUUGGGGCAGGAUGCCGUCUAUGCCGUCGAUGUCUACCCGACCGGUACAGUUACUAGGUUCCUGCUCGAUGAAGAUUUUUUGAACCAAAGCACAACAGAUGACACUGAUGUUGUUGUGAUCAAAAAUGUUGGCUUCUAAGAAUAACUAGGCCCUAAUUGUCUUGCCAUGGGCACAAUGCCACACAUUUACCGAACCCGAACCCUGAUAAUAAGUCUUUGGUUAUAUCCCAGUAUUGUAUCAACGACAGAAAAAAAACAUUAUUAUGUAUUUAUGUUUUGUUUUA